AUGGAGACUCCGACUCCGUCGUCAGCACCAAGUGUAGUGAUAAUGCCAUCUAGCAAGCCUGCUACGACAACGCUACAAAAAACGAGCACGACAACACGGUUGGCAAAUAGUACGAGUGUAUCACCAGCAAUGAUAUCGACGAGAUCUGCCAUUCCUUUAGCUGUUCCUAUAGCAAACUCUGGUAAACCGGUUACCAGUACCCCGGUAGGCUCUACAAGAGCAUCACCGUUCGUGACAUCUAGUCAAGAAUUCUCGUCAGUUGGAGUAAGUUCGUCUGCUCCAUCAACAACGAGAACAGGGACAAAGCCAAUAUCAAGCCCAACUACCAUCACUACUACUACUAGCAGGUCCACCACCACUACCACCGCCACCACCACCAACUCAGUCGCUCCAUCAAUCAUCCCAUCAAGCACUCCAACUCUCCCUUCAGCACUCUUCACCCGCACGCCACGUUCAGUUAAGGCAUCACCAGCAGCUCUCCCAACCCUGGGAUCCUCAUGCACCUCAGCCUGCCAAGGCUCCAGCAUCAAAUGCAUAGACAGCAUAUGUCAAACAUCAUGGAAACAACCAACAUGGUCAUCAUCUUCCACACCAUCGAACAUGCUUAACGGUUGGUCCGUGUCAUUCUUUGCAUGGGAUGCCGCGUCGCAGAUAACGGCCAAUCCAGAUCAAAGUGGUGAUUAUGUGAUGAGGGUCGUGUAUCCUGCUGGGAGUCGCAAUCCGGCGGCGAGUCCUGUUGGUGGACUUGGAUUUUAUGCAGAACCUUUGGAUUUGACUUAUGCAAGUGUUGUGACGAUUCAGUUUGAUGUUUACUUUCCUUCGAAUUUCAAUUUUGUGCUUGGUGGGAAGCUGCCUGGUCUGUAUGGUGGUGCCACUGGAUGUUCCGGAGGCGCAAGUGCUGAUUCCUGCUUCUCAUCAAGACACAUGUGGAGAACAGGCGGACUUGGGGAAGCGUACCUUUACGUCCCAGUAUCAGAACAACCAGCAGACUUUUGCUCUCUCCCUCCACUAACCAUAUGCAAUUCUGAUUUCGGAGUCUCACUAAGUCGAGGUGCCUUCACGUUCGCAACCGGCAAAUGGAACACCAUCAAGCAGAGAAUCGUACUCAACAGUUUCGACAAGAAUGGAGCCCCGAAUAUGGAUGGAGGCAUUCAAGUUUCGUGGUCUGUGGAUGGUAAUCCUGCGCAUGUUGUUAUUGACUACGAAUCUAUGGUGUGGCGACAGUAUGAGAGUGUGACUGCUUUGGCAUUUGGUAGAUUUCUGACAUGUCUGAGUCGUAUUGGAGACGAUCUGCAAUUAGACGCAUUAGACAAUAAGAUCAUGUUAUGGACUGUCAAUUCGUCCAGAUCUGCAUUCUGUCUAUUUACCCUGACGGAUGGAUUCUUUGAUCGAAUACAUAUAAAUCCUCAAAAUCAGAGACAGCAUCAAAAUGGUGUCUUGACGGGUGAUGCUAGAAAAGUUAAUUGCAAGCUUCUUCUGAAGCCAUUCAUGAACAUAUUCAAAGGCAAAAAUAAUGUCGACACCGUCGACCGCUGCAAAAUAUCAAUCACAUACGAUGGUGCAGACAAGGACCGUCUAGUCGUCCAACUCUUCUGUAAACACGGGGUCGUCAAAACCCACAGACUAAACUACCAGGCUUCAGACGAUCAAAAGGCACUAUACUCGAAAGAUGUGUGUAGACACAAACUGGUUAUACCGCCUAAAAUGCUGGGAGAAUUGUUGAUGAACUUUGGGACUAAACUGGAAGAGGUUACGUUGAGAGCUGAUCAGCAGUCUGUUGUGUUAAAGAGUUUUACGGAGCUUGCUAUCCCGGGCAAUAAUCAUCGGACUGAUGAACCACCAAGACAUUUACAGACAGAGUUGAGCAUUGAUCCAGAAGACUUUGAUUUGUGUGAAAUACAGAAUGAAGCUGAAGUGACUUUUGGGUUGAAAGAAUUGAAGGCCAUCAUUCAUUUUGCUGAGAAUUCCGGUGAGCCAUUGUCAGCUUUCUUUGAUCAAAAGGGCAGCCCCAUCAUAUUCUCAACAAGUGUCACGAACUGUUUUGUGGUGGAUUUAGCAUUGGCCACUAUAGCUAGCGUAGAUGCAUCAAGUCAGCCUUCACAAACAUUUUCUCGACAAGCCUCACAAUCAAAUAAAUCUCAAUCAACAAGUAAUCCUCAAACGACUACGACAAGUAAUCCCUCCUCGAAAAGAAAUAGUGUGCCCUCUUCUCCUCGAGCUGGACCUAUACCCAAACCAACAGACCCUCCACAAGUUAGAGUGGAACGCCCUGCAUUCAACAACAACACACCGGUAACAUUCAACACCAACGGCUUUGCAAACAACAAUGCUGCUGGUCCGUCACGAGCAAAUCCAACACCUAAUGCAAAUGGACCACCUAUACCGACACCGACCUCACAUAUGAAACCACCACCAGCACCAUUCGGUCAAGCCAAUUCGUCACUGCGAGUAACACCACCAGAUUAUAAUAUACCACCAGAUAACAAUGUACAAUUACAAGAAGUAAAUUAUGAGCUGAAUUAUGAUGAUGCUCUUUUUGAUGGUGAUUUGGAUGAUUAUCUGGUUGGAGAACAUUCAUAUCAGGAAGUGCCGUUGCAGGGUGGUCAGCAACGUGAUGGGUUGGGAUUCGGAGGAGAUGGUGGAGGAGAGCAACAGCAGAAUGAUAAAGGUGUUGAGGAGGAGCAAGUUGACAAUGACGAUGAAGAAGUUCCAGCUUCUCCACCUCGGGGUCCACAUGUAGAUACUUUGCUGAAGCGGCUGGAGGAUAUUCGGCAGUCAGCUCAUCAAGCAAGGACACGACCAGCCGAUGAUGACGACGAUGAGGAGAUUCCUCCUACUCAAGUUCCAAAGAAGUAG